CAGGUCGUUGUAGAAAGCAUGGAGAGAGAUGAAAUUCAAGAAAAUUUCAUGGAGGAACUCAUAGCAAACGGUACUCUGGAUGAUCGCGACGACGACGUUAUUCCAGAUGAUGGCGGUGACGAUGUCACCGCAACUUAUUUGAAUGCCUCCGGUGAGGGAGCGGAGGAUAUUGAGGAAGAAGAUCCUAGUGGCGCCGGUGAGGAACAAGAUCAUCAUAAUGGCUCCCGAACUGUAGUUAUCACCGAGCCCUCCGGAUCGAGCACUUCUUCUGUAAAGUCGAGGAAGCGAGGCCCGGCCAAAAAGUUGGAUGACGGUGUUAGGCACGACAUCACCCACAUCGAGAAUGAUGGUAAACCGAUUGCUCCAGAGAAAGGUGCAAAGGCAUUUAUAGCUCAAUGCGGAGUGCUUGUUAGGGACCACGUCCCGAUCACCGUUCGAGAAUGGCACAAGCCGAAGGGACUAGUGCUGUCUGCAGAGGAAGAAGCUCAAGGUCUUUAUAUCGAUGAUGUAGCCAAAAACAGCAUUAUGAACAAGCUCAUGGCACAUUUCAACAUAGUACCCGAAGAGGGGGUGACGCUGAGAAGGCCAAGAUGGAGCAGGCCCUCCGCGAGUUUGGCAAGAAGAAGAUGGCCGAACUAUUCAAGAGCCACAAGAAAAGAUUGCGCCGCCUUAUCAAGUUAAAGAAGACUCCGGACAGUGAGAAGGUAAAAAGUCACUGGGACGAAUUCGUGAAGUACAGCACGGAGUCAGAAGAAUUUUUGAGAAGGUCGGAAAUAAAUAAGGCAAAUGCUGCGUUGAAGCUAUAUCACCAAAUUCUGGGUCCAGGUGGAUACAGGGCUAACCGUCCUAAGUGGGAGGCAGCUGAGGCGGAACUGACCAGUAAAGGGAUCAGAUUAGGGACACACGGUUGGAUCGAACGGUGCAAGGAGUGGUUCUACGGGAUUGGGGGAACGUUGGAUCCAGAAACAGGGAAGUGCAUCUAUAAGAAAGCUCAUCUGAAGGUUCCCAUUGAUGCCCUGGAAAAGGCACAUAGGGACGUGGAGGCGGGGUUGUUCCAGCCCGAAAGAGAGAACGAUGAGCUGACACGCGCCCUUGGGAACAAAGAACACGGCGGACGAACACGAGGCACAGCAGGCUCCGUUCCGUGGAAGUAUGGCUUUCCUGCGGAAAGGAAGAGAUUUCCUGAUAAAAGCCAUGAGAGGAGGAAGGCAAGGGAAACA